AAUUAUUUGAUACAUUGUUUAAUUGGUAGACUCCAAUAACAAGCGAAAUCAUGAUUAUAAAAUUUUGAGGUUAAGUUGACAUAUUUUGUGACAAUGACGCAGUGUACAGUGUUUUACCAUCAACAUCUAGAUGAUACAUUGUUGGAUGAAGAUCUUGGCGAUGAAGAGUAUGACCUCGGCAACGAUGAGGAAGAGGCCCUUCUUGCAGACGACUAUGAAAUCGAUAGGCAGAAUAGCUAUAAGGGAGAAGAAGAAACAGACGAUGUACUGGACUUGGGAGUAACGGAUGCACUAGAUGAUUUAGAUGCUGAAGAUGACAAUAAUGAUAAUGCAUAUAUCAAUGUACCAAAUAAUUGUUAUGCCAAUGACCAACAUCAUGAUAAUCAUGUCAAUUAUUAUAAUCAAAAUGAUAAUAUAAAUUAUAAUGAUGAAAAUACACAUCAUCAUCAUCAUCAUCAAUAUGAAAAUAAUAUAUCAUCACAUGGUGGUGGUGGUGAUUAUGGUGGACAUAAUAAUAUGCAUCAUGUUACAUCUGAUUUACGUGAAAAAUUAAAAAAAACAAUACCAAGAGAUAUCAUCGUUGGAAAUGGACAAGGAAUGGAAGAUGAUGAUUGUGAUGAAGCAAGAGAAAGAAGAAAUCGUUUUCAAAAUGAAAGAACAGUAAUAUCACCUAAGAUGAAUAAUGAAAUACCAGAUUCAUUGGAAAAUGUUGUUACUGUUGAUCAACCAAGAAUGUCAUUUAGAGGACGUGGUGGAAGAGGACGUGGUAUACGUGGUGGUGGAAGAGGAGCUAGAUUUCCUGGACCAAAUAUGGGAAAUUUUAAUCCAAGAUAUCCUGUACGAAUGCAAUUUGAAGAUCAAAAUUUAAAAUUUCGAGCACCAUUGAUAGAAACAAGACCACAAAUAUUUCCCAAUGCACCAUCAAAUCAAAUGAAUCCACAAUUAAUAUAUCAUCAAGAUAAUCCUCAUAUUAUACCACCACAAUUUCAACAAUUUAAUCCACAAGGUGUAUCACCUCAUCCACGUCCUCAUUUUAAUGAACCAAGACCACAAUUUAAUCCAAAUCAAUUUCAUCCACAAUCACCUCAAGCACCACUACCACCACAACCUCGUCAUCAAAAUCCACAAAUGGAAUUUAUUCCACGUGGACCAAUGCAACAAGCACCACCACGUUACAAUGGACCACAAAAUCCUCAAUUUAUACAAAAUCAACAACAGCGUUUUCAACGUCCACCUCAUGAAAAUGAAUUAUCUGUUCGUCCAAUGGGUAAUCGGUUACCAAUGAUGGUACAUCAAGGUCCAUUAAAUAAUAUGCCGAGACAACAAAUGCCUGGUCAACGUGGUCCACCACCACCACCACCACAACAAAUGCAUCAAGGCCCUCCAAGACAUCCUGGUAUGCCUGUUCCACGACAAGAUGGACAAAUGCCAGUUUUUCGUCAGCCUAUACCAAAUCAAAUGCCACAAAUUCAACAUAAUGGACCACCAGGACAACAAGUUUUUGAAAAUCGUCAACAAUUUCAACAAGAAAAUAGAAAUAUUUAUGAACAAAGACAAUUUGAUAAUCGUCCAUUGCCUGUUAUUCAAUUUAAUAAUCAAGGACAACAAGUUGUUCAUCAUCAAACUGGUCCAUCUGUUGUACCAGCUGUACCAAAUGUUCCUCUGGCAUCUGGACAUAAAAUUCUUAUUAAUCCUCAUUUCAGGGGUAAUGUUCAACCUCCACAAGAAGCUCGACCAACUUGGGAAGGAUCUCAACCUCCAUCACAUCAACAACAAUUACCAAAUGAACAAUUUGCCUCUCAAUCUGCUCAAUAUCAAGGUCAACAACAAGCUUCAUAUAGUCAGCAAUUAGCACCACAAAGUGGAGCACAAGCGUCUAAUGAUUAUUCUAAAAAAUAUCCUCAAAAUAAUAAAAACGAUGAUCCUUAUGCUUAUUUUUCGGAUGUAUGGCAAGAAAAUAAAACAUCAAAACCUAGUCGUAGCUCAACACCACCAAAAUCUUAUUCUGGUGAUAAUAAUUAUUCACGUGACAGUAAUUACAGAGAUUAUGAAAAAUAUAAAUCCGAUGGAAGAGACAAUUAUCAAGCAUCAAAAGAUCAACGAGGUAGAGAUAGAAGUCCACAAUCUCGACCAAGAGAUCAUCAUCAAUCACAAAGAUCUCGUCCUCCAUCAACAAAUAAUCAUGAUUCUUAUGAUCAACGUUCUAGACUACAAAAUUCAUCAAAUCGUCCACCACUCAAGCCACCACAAAAACGUACACCUGAACCUCAUGAUAGAUCAAAUCGUGGCUCUAGUCCAAAACGUUCAAAAAAUCAUCGUAAUUUUCAUGAAGCACGAUCAACAACAACUCACAAUUCAAAUAACAUAAAAAAGGAAGAAGAUAUGGAUCCAGAAAUGCGUGAUUACAGAAAGAAAAUGGAAGAACAAAAACGUCUUCGUGAAAAAAUUUUACAAGAAAAAGAAAAUCGUAGAAAACAAGCUGCAUUGGAUAAGCAAAUUGAUGAAUCUAAAAAUACAAAAAAUACUGAUAUACAACAGGAAAAUAAAUCACUAGGAUCAAGUCUCAAAAAAGAUGAUGUGGAUAGUCAAAAUCAGUCAACAAAUAGGAGUCGAGUUCGUGCUGGAAGUGAGGAUAAAGAUGAAACUGGAGGAAGAGUAGUAAAACGAACUGAUAAAAAUAUAACUGAUGAUACAGCAGCUAAAAAAUCAUCUUACACUGAUGCUAUGGUUCGUCAAAUUCCACCGGGUACUCGUCGUGUUAUAAUACAAAAAACCCGAGUUGCAACAUCACUCCAAAAACCAUCAUUAAAUAAUCAUUCAAACGAUGAUUCUGAUAUGACUAAUGAAAAAGUCACUGAAAUAACAAAAAUUGUUAAAAAAUUACCACUUGGUGUACAGAAAAAAAAGACAAUUAAAAAAAUUGCUAAUGAACAAUCUGAUGGUGGUAGAAAAAUUCUAUUGAAUGAUUCAACAUCUGGUAAUGCUACAACAGCUCAUAGUAAUCGUGUUGUAUUACAAAAACCAAUACAAAUUAAAAGAACAAUUGACAAUAAAACAAAUAUUGUUAUUGUCGAAAAUAUAUCGUCAAAUACAAAUGAAACAAAAUUACGUGAAAUGUGUAAAGGAAUUGGAACGGUGGAAAGUGUUAUAAUUGGUGAUGAUAAUGAAUCAGCAACAAUUGUAUUUAAAACACACUCAGCAGCAAUGGUUUUUCAUAAAAAAUAUCAAAAAAAAAUGAUUGAUCAAUCGGUUAUUAAUAUUCGACUUGUAUCACAAGCUGGAACUCUUUCACAACGAAAUUAAUUAUCUUUAACUAAUAAUUUAUUUAUCACUUUAAAGAAUUUGCUAUUCGAUAAUCAAUUAUUUUAAUUUUUACAAUUGCUUUUUUGUUUUUUUUUUUCUUUUUAAUAAUUAUUAUUAAAAAUACUCUGCGAUUAUAAUAUGUAAAUAAUUAUAGAAUUUAUAUGAUGAAAUUUAGAAAAAUUCACGUUGCUCUGUAUAAAAAUUUACGUAAUUAUUUGAUAAUUAUGUCUUGGAAAAUGCUUGAUACACAAAUGAAAUUUAUUAUUAUUUGAAGCUGUAGAAAAUAAGCUGAUAUUGUCUUACAUUUAUUAUCAAUGAAAUUGAGUUUUUUUUUUUUUUUAAAUUCAACAAGGAAUAGCAUAAGCAAUGUAAACAUCAAAAAAUAAAUAAUAUAAAAUCAGAAAA